CGAUCUUAUAAUUCCUCUGUGACUGACUACAAAACAGAGAAGGUGAAGAAGACGAAAGAAAGAAAGAAAGAAAGAAAGAAAGAGGAAAGAAACGGCGCCGUGUAAACGUAAUCCUUCACCGAGGUUAGUAAUCUCCGACUCUGAGCUUCUGUUCUCAGCUUUUCAUGUUGUAGCUGUGAAGGAUGAAACUUGUAAGCUGAAGAAUCUCUGUUUUUAUUUGGAUUUUGAGUGGAGAUUAAGCUUUUGAGAAGAGUGAAAGAAGAUGGUGAUGGAGUCAUCAAAGUGGUGGUGGAUUGGAAACCACAACACCACUAAUUUCUCUCCUUGGCUUCAUUCUACUCUCUCCGAGUUGGAUAAGAAGACAAAGGAUAUGCUGAGAGUGGUCGAUGAGGAUGCGGAUACUUUCGCCGCAAGAGCUGAGAUGUAUUACAAGAAGAGGCCUGAGCUUGUUGCCAUGGUCGAAGAUUUCUACCGUUCGCAUCGCUCCUUAGCCGAGAGGCACGACUUGUUGCGACCCUCUUCUGUGCACAAACACGGCUCAGAGAAGCAUCAUGAUAAAUCAUCAACUUGCGAUGAUGAGUCUUCUUGGUCCAAGGCUUGUGAGACUCAUGACGACUACAACGCUGAGUCUGAAGUUGAUGACGGUGAAUCAUCCUCAGUCGAUUAUGGUGGGAAUUGUGAGAUGCUGAAGGAAGAGAUAGAGAGGCUGAGGGAGGAGAAUAAGUUUUACAGCGAAAUGGUGAGAGAGAGAGAUGAAGAGAAGAGGGAAGCUAUAAGGCAGAUGAGUUUAGCGAUAGACAUGCUCAAAGAAGAGAACUCAGAGCUCAAGAGAUGUGUUUCCUCUGUUGUUGUGAAGAGGAAGGUUAAGCUUGAAGGGUUUUGGGGGAGAUUAGUAGGCAACUGGAUCCUCUCAAAAACAGAUUCUACUUCCAGAGAGAGAGUUUUAUAGAAACCUAGAACUAUCUAAAUGACCUAUAUAUAUAUAUUUAUAAACACUUAAAACAAAACAAAUUACACUCUUCCUUUUCUUUCCA